AAGCAAAUCCGAGAGCCCUGUGUGACACUUGAUUUGGAUGUUUGCUGAAACUAGUGCUUCAAUGAAGAUGUAGAAAGUAUUACAUAAAAUUAAGGACUGCUGGACUGAAGUAAAGAGGACACAUUUGCUUACUGAAGAUAUACACUUAAAUAGAAGACCCUGACAAUGGAGCCGUGCUGGGUGUUGACAUUAACUACAGUGUCAUUAUUUAUUGGAGCAAUGGGAUCUCGCCUGUUGAGCACGGGAAGCUUAUGUUCUGGAAUUGUCGAAGUUGUUUCACAGUCAUCCUGGGGAGUGCUGUCUGCAAACAUCUGGGAUAAUAAUAUGGCAAAUGUAUUGUGCAAAGAAACUAAUUGCGGUACUGUCCAAGCUAUUCUAAAUGUGACCAGCGCGGGCGAGGAAUCUGGCAAUAUAUGGUUGGGCAGCACAUGUUCUGGCACUGAAAAUAGCUUAGAGUCAUGUGGUGCAAUAUCAAAUUUUAGUGCUGGAACACAGGUUGCUGGUGUGGUGUGCUCCAAAACAGAGAUCAAUGCGACAGUGAGACUGAAGUACAUUUAUAAUGGGAUGGUCGAAGUUCUAGUCGGUGAUUCCUGGGUACCCAUCUGCUGGGAUUCAUGGAAUAAGACUGACGGCAAUGUUAUUUGUCGACAGGUGGCAAACUUGUCAGCAGUAUCCAUAAGUGCAGUUCCAUACCCAACAGCAACCAGAUGGAUUGAUAAUGUUGCAUGCUGUGGCAGUGAGGAGGCAUUUUCAGACUGCCCAAUGGUGUAUGGCCAGAAAAUAUGUGCAAGUGGACAGGCUGCAGCUGUUUCGUGUAAAGUGUUCCCACUGAAGAAGGUUGCUACCAGGGUGGUAAUUAGCAGCAAUGCCCCAAUGCAAGACGCAGACAAUCGAAUUGUGAAGAAGGCUAUGGAAGAACAGCUGAUGUCAAUGUUAUAUGAGGGCACACAUAUGUAUUUCCCAGGUAUAAAAGUCAUCACCAGAAAGGAUGAAACAACUGGGAAAGAGUCGUGAACACAGCAGUACAUAUAUACGUUUUCCUCAUCAGAAAUGGUGAAACUUGUGGAGUUCAACAUAUUCAAGCAACCUAUGGAAGAAUUUGCAUGUUUGAAAGGAAUAGGAAUUUGAUUGUAAUUGAUAAUGGCUUUUGUUUACUUAUUCUCAGAAAUGGUAAUGUUUCUCUAAGAUAAGGUUUCCUACUUAAAUGUACUAAAAUAUCAAGACAAAACACUGACAUUUGCAUUACAUCUGUGGAAAAAAUUCUGUUACAACUGACUUCACAGUAUCAAGACAUAAUGAAAUUUUCACUCUAUCACUUCUUAGUAAACAUUGUAAAUUACUCGCUUUUGACUUACAGAAAUUAUAGUUAGAUUUUCCCAUACAUUCUUGAUCUAUGUUGAAAAGAUAAGAAAUAAUGCUUUGUUUUUGUUUUUUUAGUUAUCAUAUAUUAAUGAAACAGGAUAAAUCUUAUAGUUUCUGAGAACAGAAUCCUUAGCAACAGCUGCCAAUUUCAAAAUUAUUUUCUUGCCAUUUACAAUAUAGAACUUGAGCUUCAAAUGCUCACCAGCAUAAUUUUUAUUUUUGUUGCUACUUACUGUAAAAUACUAAUAUCCUGAUAUUUACAUUGAUUUGCAUAUUUUUUCUGCUCCAAUACCUUUUUAAAGGGUACACUCAUAAUCAUUGUCCUUUAUGUCUGUUAUUAUAUGAAAAAGUCUUUUAUUACUAGUGUUAGACUUGUCACUGCCUAGGGGUGUUAUAAGGCAGACACAACAGGCAGGGGGCCUCUACACCUCUGGGGGGCAUUAUUUACAUAGUAACACACACCCUGGAGGGCAUUAUUGCACUUAGAGAAUGGGCUGGCCGUAAAUUUGUUGUGUUUUACUUACUUAUUUAUUUAUUU